GAUUCGGCCCGUCGCGCAUCGAGACGUCACCCAUGACCGCGUAAUUUCGCCGUCGCUGUGACGGGCGGAAAUCCGCGUCUGUGACGACUACUUCUCAACGCCUCCCCUCGCGCUCUGCACAACGUCUAUUCGCAAUUCCCGCGAUACAGCUCGCUCGCGCAUAUUCGAUAUGAAGCCUCGGCCUGUGUUUGCUGCGCUCGGUGCGCCGCGCGCGAGAGCGCAGUUGCAAUGUAGACAAGUGUCUUUUCUGCGCGCGGCGGGGACGCCGUAUGCGCUGUCGCGAUGCGCGUCUACCUCCACGGCGUCGGCGUCGAAGAUCCGCUACCCGAUGCCGCCGCCAGCACCCGCGAAACCGUCCGCCGCGAAACCGCACACGCCGGGGCCGACCACGAAGCCCGCGGCGCCCGCGAAACACCACAGCGCGCCUUCGGCCGCGAAACACUCGUCUUCUCCUGCGAAGCACGCCCCCGCGCCCGCAGCACUGUCGCCAACUCCCGCGUCCACAAACGACCCCCUCAACCCCCCGCCCUUCACCUACCCGCCCGACCUCUCCGUCCCUGCGCGCAAACCCGGGCAAGCGUACAUCCCGUACCUCUUCGCGUGCGGAAAAGCGUAUAUCGCGUUCUACAAGACCGGCAUCUCGCACACGCGACAGACGCUGAAGUACGCAAAAUCUGUGCGCGCGAAAACGGGCGGCCAGGGGCGGGGCGUGCAGAGCGAUGCGCCGGGCGCGGGGCUACUGACGCGCGCGGAGUGGCAGGUCGCGCGGCGGUCGAAGAGGGACCUAAUCCGGCUGCCGGUCAUGGGCUUCUUGAUCCUGGCGCUGGGCGAGUGGCUGCCGCUGAUUGUCGUGUACUUGACACCCGUGGUGCCGGAGGCGUGUCGGAUCCCGGCGCAGGUGGCGCGGGUGCUGCGCUUGAAGGAAGAGGGGCGGCGCGAGCGGUUGAGCAGGAUCGCGACGCAUGCGCUGCGGCUGCAGAGCAGGGACCGCACGCCUAGGACUGAUGAGAGUGCGAUCCGGCUCGGCGCUGCGGCCGAGGGGCUGCUGAGUCCGGAGGCGAAGGUGGGGAAGGCGGGGGGCGUGCCGAUGGCGAGUGCGAUUGUGCCGCCGGGUGCGGCGGGGGAUCUGGGGUUGUUCCAUUUGCUGUUGUUGAGUGCGCGGUUGGACUGCCAUCCGCGGAUUCUGGACAGGCUGUAUCUGACGCCGCCGAAGUGGCUGCUGCAGCGGAAUGUGAGCAAGACGUUGGCGUAUUUGACGCAGGACGAUGAGUUGAUUAGGCGCGACGGUGGGGCGCAGGCGCUGUCGAAGCAGGAGUUGCUGCGUGCGUGUGUGGAUAGAGGGAUUGACGUGCUUGAGAAGAGUGAGGCGGAGCAGAGGAGGAGCCUUUGGCAGUGGUACAAGAUGUAAGAGUAUGGACACGGGACUCUUGGGGCUAGUGUGUAUGUACCAUGACCUGUAUAUUUGGCUGUAUUCCAGUCGAGGGCAUGAAAGGCUGGGCUUCGAUAGACUACAGGAGAUGGACGACAUUGGGUCGGCUUGAGAUAGUAGUUGUACAAUACCUCGUAUACAAAAUAAGACUUGAGUUCAUCAAGGCGGAUCGGCAUGAUUUUUCUGUUGGUGGGUAUCCUGUGAAGUGUGUUGACUGUG